AUGGCGCCAACUUGGAACGCGAUUUCAGAGAAGAUUGGCAAUGGCCUUGCAGCGUGCCGUGGACGCCUGUCGAGGCACAAGAUUCGCCGCAAUGGCAAGCAGGAUGCUGCGAGCGGUGGACCUCCCUUUCGCUUCCUCGAUCUGGAUCCCCAUUUACGAGAUCUAGUCUAUGAGAUCGCCGCCACGUCCGACGAGACAACUGGCCAAUCUUCAUUCCGCGCGCUGACCCAGACCUGUCGUCAGGUCAAGAUGGAGUUCCGAGCACUCUAUCUGAACAUCAAAACUUUCCCUGUCACAGAGGCGGAGGUCAUGCCUUGUCUCGAAGCUCUCUACCCAGGUUGCAUGGCAUCCAGCACCAACAAGUGCACCUUUGUCGCAAGCCUGCUGAUAUUGCAACCUACUCCCACCAUCACUCCUUACUACACGCAAAUCAGGACAUCAAACAUCUUGCCAAUCAUCACAGCUCUGACUGGAGAGUGGCCCGGCCUUAAGAUUUGCUCCACCGAGGCAUCGGGACUCCUCAACCAAGUCCUCAACAUCAUGCUCAAGCACACAGCUAACAGCGCCUCUCAACUUCGCCAUGCCUUGAAGUCUUUGACACUCGAGAUUCGAACCGGAAACAGGUAUGGGUCAGUCCACUGCGAACUCGAGCUCAACGACGACUAUGUCAAUUUCAUCCGGCGUACGAACAGCUCCACGGAGCGGGCCGAUACCUUCCGAACUGGUCAACCGGUGUGUGAUUCUCGAGUGACCAAGUUGAUCAGCUCUCUCUGCUUUGCUGGCGCGAGGAUGGCCCCGAGUCUUGUGUGGAGUCGACGGGUGCCCCGGGAGGAUCCGCUCUGCGCUGUCUGGCGGCAGGACGUCAUGCGGGUUGCGGGUGUUUGGACUCGGUUGGAUCAUAUUUGGAUGUGA